AUGGCGACCUCAACAUCGGCGGCUUCAACAUCGGUGUCGGCGUCAGGAUCGGCAUCAGCAUCCACAUCGACAACAUCGACAUCGGGAAAUACAGGCAUUGCAUCGCCUUCCACCUCCGUUAUAUGUGAAGAGAUUUUUGAUGAGACGGAACCAUCAGCUGAAGAAAUCAAUGAUUAUGCUAUGAUGGUUGGCAUUGAUCCAGUAAAAGAGCCUCACUUACUAUAUUUAGCCAAAGAGGGAUUAAUGCAAGCAUUGCCAAGCGAUUGGAAAAUAUGUUACUCCGAGGAGAAAUGCGGUCACUAUUAUUACAAUUUAAAAACGAAGCAAUCGCAAUGGGACCAUCCCCUUGAUGCGGUGUAUCGGGAAUUAGUUGAACAGGCGCGUCAAAAGAAUACAACAAUAAUAGCGGCCACACCUAUCAUCGACAAUUCAGACGAUGCAUCCCAACUGGACUCGGGUAUUCGUAGCCUGCAAGGCAAUGAUGAAUGUGACAAUACGAACAACACAAAUGAAAUGUCUUCGCCGGUAAGCAAUAUAAAUACAAAUUCUACCGCAAGGUGUGUUAGUAGUGGUGCCUUUGCUGGUGCGAUUGGAGUAGGCGCUAACGCUUCCAGUGUCGUGGGUGUAGGAUUAUCAAGUAAUUCGGGCUCAACAUCAAACAGCACAAGUACUAGCGGAUUCAGUGGUGGUGUUAGUCGUUUUCUGGAGUCGAGAAGUAAAAAUUUUGGCCUGAACUUUCAACCGGUGAAAGCAUCUCGUUUUGAAGUAACCAAAACCAACCCGCAAAUCUCAUUAGCUAUGAAAUUUGGCGAGAGCUUCUCCUCGAAAUUAGCAGCCGCUAAUAAAUCGGAGCCUGACGCUGGAGCAGCGGGUGGUUCAGAUAAGAGAGCUUUUGUUUUAUCCGGAACUGGUUCGAUGUUCCUCAAGUCGCGGAAACAAAUGGAAGUGGGUCUAAAUCAAGCUACUGCCGCGAUGUUAAUGAGCACAAGCUCCAGUAAUAUUAUAGUUGAAGGUAUGGCUGGCACACCACCAGGUGUAAAAAGCAUAUUACGGGAUUCAAGCUUAACCGACAUGCGUCGAAGACUGGAUAGAGAUGAUGCCGAGAACGGCGGGUUAGGUGGUGAAGACAAAAAGAGUGUACGCUUCAAUUUGGAAGAUACGAAGAUACGUGGUUCACCGGAGGAAGAGCCGAGCAGUUCAAGGAAGCUCACACAAAGUCCUGAAGCUUCAGUUUACUCCGAUGAUGAUGAAGCUGUAGACGAUGAUCCAUGGGAUGAUGACAAUGGUGAUGAUGAUGAACUUGAUGGAUGUGUUGGAUAUGGCGCACUUGGUGCUGAGGGCGGUGUUUCGCGUAGUCUUAACCCGUUCUUGGUAAACGACGAUAAACUUAUUAAGGAUAUACAAGUGAUAUCAGUGCCAAAGGCGCAAACAAUACAAAUGUUGAAAGCCCAGAGCUUUUCUAUGGACUUACCAGAACGUGAUCGUGCAAAACUUACGGAGUUGGCCCGCUCACAGAGCACGGAAUCGGGUAGUAGUAUACCGCAACCCGCUUCCGUAGUGAGUUAUCUUGAAAAACUGAAAGAUAGUUCUACCACGAUUAAGCCGAUGUACGAGGACACAGAUUCUGAAUCAAAAGGUAGUUCGGUGCGGAGCUUCAUUAUAAAUAAAUCCGAACAGGACUCUGUGAAUUCAAUUGUACCUGCGGCAAAUCCUUUCGAAACUGAAGAAAGUGCGCCUAAGAGUAGCCGAGAGCACGAGAUAUCUGAGGCAAAAUCCGGAUUUGAGAAAUCCAGUUUGCGUACAUUAAAGGUGGCCUCCAAACUAGUUGGAUUUCUGAAAAAAGACACUGAAAAGUCUGAUCGGGGAGCCUACAGCGGCACACACCAGGAUCGGGAAAAUGGUAAGGACAAUGAAAUGCUCAGACAAAAGGUUGAGAAGGAGAAAGAAGCAGCACUGAAAGAGGAACGUGAACGUUUGGAGGAAAAGCUUCAAAGGGAAAUAGACGCGAUUAAGAUUGAGCACGGUUACAAGCUGAAAAGUAUUGGACAAGAGUACGAUUCACGCUUAACAUCGCACCGACAUGAAUUGGAACAAACAUUUCAAACGCGGUUGAACGAAUAUCGUGCGCAAUUGGAGGAAGAACUGAAUAUGAAACGUAAGGCUGUGGUAGAUGAGCACAAAACACAUAUGGCUACACUACAGAAAAAUCACGCCGAAAUCUUACAUGACCUUGAACGAGACCUGAAAAGUGAGGAGGAAAUCAUUAAAAAGGAACAUGCCCGCAAGCAUGCCGAAAUGCGCGACAAGUUAGCGCACGAAUUAGAUUUGGAGCGUCAACGUAUGCGUGAAAGCGGUGAAGAUCGGCUAUAUGAGAAAGUACGUUGUGAAAAGCGCCUCUUGGAAGAUAAAUAUCGCUGCUUGAAGGAAAAAUACGUGCGUCUAAAGACAGAUGUAAAAUUGUCGUUGGAGCGUCGAAAUCGACGACGAGAGGCACAAGCGCUACACCAACAGAGUCUGCACACCAACACUACUACCACUGGCUCAGAGACUGAGAGAUCCAUAUCGAAUAAACCAUCGAUUGGCAAUAGCGAAAAUCGGUCACUUUCUUUGUCGACAUCCUGUCAAGAUCAUGGGGGUGUUGCCAGUAUUGGUGUAGUACCACACUCACUGUUAGGUGGCAAGCACGCAAAACCACCGGUGCCACCUAAAACACAUCUAACACCGGCAAUCAGUAGCAAGGAACAUGGCAACACUAUGCGCGAACGCUCUAAUGAGCGUGCCCAACCUCCAACGACACGCAAACCGGGCAUCGCCUCGAAGUACAUUAAACACUUGCAAGUUCAAGAUGACACCACAACUUCUAUCAGUCAGUCAGACACGACUAUCUCGAAUAACUAUAGUAAGGGACGUUAUUUGCCUGCGCCUAUAUUGAGCGACAACGGCAACUCCGAUUCAGAGGCUGCCUUUCAGUGUAAUCAAGAGAAUAAUAAUAAUGGGCGGGGCAAUGGACAACGCAAAAAAGUAUUCUCGCGGCUGAAGUCCGCCUCAACAUCGCGUCUAAAUUCGGAUAAUUAUAAAAGCGAUCGACCAUGUACACCGGUUGAGAACUUAAGACAUCAACUGCAGAAGCUAGAAGAUUUGGAAGAUCAAUUCCCAGACAACACACUCGACACAACAUACCAUUUGCGCUAUCCGUUCUCAGAUAUAUCCAACGAUCGUGCCGGUGCUGGCAACAGUUCCGAACUUGAAUUCUUUAAACACCGCAUACACUUGGAACGUGACAGCGUGCGCCGUGCCAAAGAAUCCUUGCGUACGCAGCGUACUAAUUUCCGUGCACGGCAGCGGGAGAUCAAACAGCGCCAUAAGGCUUCCACAACACGUCAUUCAUUGGAUCAACUUAUACAAGAAGAGAAAGAAUUGACCGAAAUGGAAGUUAAUUUACAUCGCACUCGAGCGCUGUUGGGUGAGAAAGUGAUACGUUUGCGUCAUUUGGAGCAGAGUCUAUCAAGGAUUUAUGAAAAGGAAAAACCCACAAUGGACUUGCUAGGUGUGGAGCAGAAGGACGAUGCCACAUUAAGUGAUCUUUCAUCACAUUCGAGCUCAGGAUUUAGUAGUACUGAUUUCGCCAGUGGCGCAGAUACGCACAACUUACAUAAACGUAAGGAAAACUACCACCAGGAAUCAACGGAAUGUAUACAAAAUCUGGAAAUCCUUAAUGCCGAAAUACGUGAAAUACUUGAUAUACUCGGUAAAGGUCAACAACACGGAGGCAUACCCAUGAUUUCACCAUCUGACUUGAAUUGGUCACACAUGCUUUCCGCCGGUGUAAGCGCCGCCAACACGUCACAUGUCAAUCCCCAAAAUGCUGGCACAACCACAGCACUUAUGCAUGCACCACAAUCCAUACCAACAUUGGCCGAUCGUUUGGAGACAUAUCGUCAACUGGCCACAGGACGUAUGCAAAAUUCCAUGGGCGGCGCCAUACUCGCCGCAAAUACAAUUGUAUCACAAAGUCCACGUGCGGUCAACUAUACCACGAGUCUUGUGGAACGUACCAGAGAUUUGCGCAAUUGGCUGCGACAAGCAAAAACUGAACAUGAACUGUUAACUAGUGGUGGCAAUAUAAGUCUACCAUUACAACACACUGGCAUGGGCGUGAGUACGGUAAGCGCUGGUGUUAGCGGGAUCGGCGUAGGUGCGGCCGCAACAGCCAUAAGUGGUGGAGGCGGCGGGGCAGGUACGCAAACAAAUCUAUAAUUAGGAUAUAAAGUUUUCUGCUGCUGGCGCAGACAGAAAUCCAAAGCUUAAGGCACACAGCUACAUAUACAAUAUAUGCAAGUUCAGGAAGUGCAUAGAGAGGUAUGAGUAGAAUGGAAAGCCUAAGCAAAAAUCUGCGUGAGCUUUUCUUUGAUCUCCAUUUAAAACCAAAGAUAAUCGUUGUUGAAUUUAAAAUAUUGAAUAUGAAUAAUAUAUGUAUGAAGUUAUAUUUAUAUGGAGAAUUAUAAAUAUGCAUAACAGUAUAAUGGUGCCAAAUAUGCGCGUUGGUGUGUUCGUUAUUUUGGAACUAUAAAAUCAAAUGUAAUGCGAAAUUCAAAAUUUUAUUAACAGAUUCAAGAAAUAUUUGACUCCAUUAAUCGUUAGUAAAGCAUUUAGCAAAGUUGUGUUAGUUUGGCUGUUAAAUAUUAUACAUAAAUACGUAUCAAGUCUAAAAAAUAUUUGAAAUUAAUAAAAACAAAUAACCUAUUUGCAAAAAUAAGUCAAUAGACUGUCUCUAUAGACUUUUACGAGUAUGUUGUAUAGUUUGCCCUUAACCAAAAUAUAUAUUAUUUAUUUAAUUAUCAACCAAGAGCACAUUAAACCGCUUCAAUGGUGCGGUCAUCUCUUCAGCCUCUCCUUCCAAUAAAUAAACCCACAAACCAAAUUUAAGGCAUAAAAACGUUUAAAGAAAUUUAAUUUACAAAGUAAACAUGUUCUUUCUAUAUUCUGAUCUAACUGAUUUUUCAAUUAUUUGGAUUGUGUAGACAGCGAUUAAAGGGUUUGUGAUGAAUUCCAUGGAUUAUGUGUCCAAUUUAUAAGAGAAAUGAUUGCCCGUUAUUGUGGCUAUAGGUAUAUUCAUAUAUGUAUAUAUUUUGGAUUAUUUCACAACCCUUUGUUUUGGUUCUGUUAUACAUGAAUAAAAAAAUAAAAACAAUGUCGAGUUGAUACGCCAGAAGGCUUAGCGCCUUCCUACAUUUGUUAGCGAUGCUUGAAUUUACUACUGAUGAUGAUAAGACCAGCCAUGCCAUCCGAGUAUAAAAUGUAUUCUCUCGUAGUUAUUGAUUUGUCUCAUUGGCCAUCAGAACCGAAAUCUCUUCUCCAUUCACUUAUGGAGUGGCGACUGUUGAAGUCUAACCUUGGCAGGAUAUAGUACUAUUUACUUAAUCGUGUUAUAAGCUGGUUUACUAUAUCGCUAUGACAAAUAGUUCCAAUAAACCAAUGGAAUGGCCAUGCUGCAUCUUUUUUAAUUAUAGUAGUCUUACGUUUUCUUUCCUUGUUAAAAUCAACUCAACACGGAAGCGCAAGUAAUUCGAAAUAAAUUCUUUAAAAUAAAUGUUCAAUGCAUAAAAACACGACUCUCUCCGCUUACCUUUAAUAGCAACAUUUUUCCAGAAACUAGUAACUUUUAUUGAAAUAAAGCUUAAUUUUCUAUUCAAAAUAUGUAUACUUGUUU